GAAUUAAUUAUGUGGGUUUUUGCAAGCUUAGUCUUUUGAUGUGGGUAUUUGCAAAUAUCCUAUUUCCGGUGUGUUAUUAUGCCAAAAACUUAAACAGCAGUUGAAGGUUGUUUUUAUAAAGUGUUAAGAGUUCACUUCACUACAUCCAAACUCCUUGUGUGAACUAUUUAUGGGUAAACAGUUUACAUAAGCAGGAUCUUUCCCACAUCCAGACGACCCCUACAUGAUGUGUUUUUUUCCUGGCUGAUAUUUCUGUGCAAUUAAGUCAACAAGCAAACACCGAAAAUGUAAAACGGAAGGGAGGAAGAAAACGUGAAAGUGUCUACUUCAAGGGAGACAUCCUUAUAGUUCUCAAGGAUAGAAUGCUUAGGUUUGAAUUUUGUUAAUGAUUUUCUUUCAAAAGAUACCCCACCAUACAGAUGUUCUUUUCUAGAGAAUGACUCAUUCAAUAAAAUAAGAUUCUCUCUCUCCCACAAAAUGACAAGUAAGACCCAUGCAAUUAAAAGAAAUCUCUACCUAACUGAGCCUCCUAGAUCAUGUAACCAAUGAAAUCUACCUCAUUUAUAGCAUUCUUAUUUCAUGGAAAUUAACCCAACAUUUUGAGCUCAGCUGAAUUGUUAUUUCCUGCAAUUCUGUAGCAGAAGAAGAGUUGAGUGGUUCCUUUUUCAUUGUGAGAGAUUGCAACCCAAACUGGUUGAGUAAUUCCCGGUUCUCAGCACAGAUUCCAGGUGUAAUUUAUUGCAUUCAUGAGUUUGUGCUUGGGAUGGAAGACAAUUGAAAGAUCAAAGAGAAGUGAACGAGAGCAUUUUUUCAUGGUUAAUGGGGCCCGAUUGUUGGAGGAGUUGAUUUCUUCUUGUGCAGGCAAAGUUAACCCUAUCCGGAUAUUCUCUGCAGAAGAGCUCGAGAAGGCGACUGACAACUAUGACAAGAAGCAGAUUUUGGUUGUGGGAGGUAUGUAUACUGCAUACAAAGGAAGCUACCGAGACCGAGCAAUUUCCAUUAGGAGGUUGAACUUUGUCAGUGCUGAGACAGUAUACAACGCUUUCAACGAAAUUGUAAUGCUAUCCCAAAUAAACCAUAGGAAUGUGGUGAAGCUCUUGGGCUGCUGCAUUGAGACGAGAGAUCCCAGGUCAGUAUUUGAGUUCAUAUCUAAUGGGAACCUUGCCAAACAUGUCCAUGAAAUGGACCCUUCUGAUCUUUCAUGGGAAAGCCGUUUAAGGAUUGCUAAUGAAAUUGCAAGCGCAAUCACCUAUCUACACACAGGUACUUCAAAGCCCAUCAUCCAUAGGGACAUAAGAUCCUUAAACAUCUUGUUGGAUGAGCACUUUACUGCCAAGGUUACGAAUUUUGGGAACUCGGAAUCAAUUUCUGAAUCAGAUAAUGGAGGGACCAAUGAUUGCAUGGACCCUGAAUACUUCUUUAGGCAUGAUGUUUUAGGCUUUGGGAAGGUACUGUUUAAUCUUUUAACUGGAAAGAUGCAUCAAGAGAUAUUUGAUGGCAAUGCUGGAUCUAUAUUGAUGGAGGAUGUGGAUGUUGGAACUGCUGAAGUGGAGCAUUUCAUUUCAUCAUUGAAAGAGAAGUGCCUUUGCAUGGAUCGGGAUGCUUCCAUUUUGGAAGAGGGAAAGGAAGCUCAAUGGGUAGAAUGCACAAAGCUUGCACUGAGAUGCAUGCAGUGGGGUGAAAGGCCAACGAUGAGAGAAGUGGCAGAAGAACUUGGACGGAUAAAAAGAUUGUGAAGAGGCACCUGUGAAGAUUGAAGCCUCAUUUUCAAACUUGGUUGGAAGGAAAGGCUAUUGUUACCCACGGCUAUUGCAACAAGAUACACCGGGAUGUUUUGGGUCAUCUUCCAAUGAUCCAAACCAUUGUUUGCCUUUCCAAUUACAACAGUAAAUGGCUGUAAAUGAAUAAUGAUUAUUUACUCUUAUACUUGUGUGGUGACAUCACUUACAUUUGACUGCAAUGAUGCAUUGCUUGUUUCACCUGGAAAUUACUGUAAAAAAGAAGGUAGUUUUAUAAAAUGGAAAUAUAAUAAUUAUAAUUUA